AUGGAAGAAGAAGGCGCACCAGCUGCCCCCGAACAGCCAACCGAGCCAUCAGCAGCCCCCGAAGACGCGGCUGCCGCAGCACCCGUUGAAGCUGAACAGGCAGAACCUGUGCGGGCCGCCGAAGCACCAGCGACCGAACCGAAAGACGAAGUGGAGCCAGCUACACCUGUGGAAGUACACAAAGCUCAGCCUGUGCAGCCCGCUCAUCCGUUUCUCAACCGCAAAGAUGCGUACAUCAAGCCGGACACUCAGCUUCCUGAGGACAGCGAGCUGGCGCUUGCCAAAGCAUUUCUUAUGUCUCAGAGCGAUAAGAGUAACAUGAACUUAUAUGAUCACUUGACGGAGGUGGUCAUGCACAUUUUGGAGACUCGUCCGAACAACGUAGUGGACGCAUUUGAACGGAUUUCCGCAGAUAUCAAGCGAACACACUUCCACGUAGACAAACCAACCGCCCCCGGAGCUUUCAAAAAAGUCCAUGACGUCCAUCCCGCCAGCGAGGUUGAAGCAGCGCAGGUGAAGCUAUUCGAGCGUUCAUCUCUGGAUGGUGGGGGCGACGAUGCUGAGGGCGAGAUCCCUGAUAUUAUGGACCUCGCAAACCUCUGGGAAUGGGCUGGGGUCUCAUUUGGAAAAGAAGAGAUUUUCAUGCUCUUCCUUUCUCUCAAGCGCCUGGUUACGGAAAAGCCUCUCGCAUCCGUGAGGCUUUGGGGCAAAAUCUUCGGCACACAUGCAAACUACAUCAUCAUCGAAGCAGAGCUAAAGGAAGGGUCCGAAGAUGAGGAGGAGCCUGUCGAAGAGCCCGGUCCGGAGGCGGAAGCAGGCGAAGAUGCGCAGGCCGGGCAAGAUUCCGAAAACAGAGAGGGGGGUGAAGAUGGGCAGGUCCAGUAUCCAAAGAAGAAAGUGAAGCCGGUCGUCCCACUGCCGAAGGAGACGCGGGCUGGUGUCAAUAAAUAUGUGUAUUAUGUGUGCAACUUCGCUGGAGGCGCAUGGAGUCGGUUGCCGGAUGUAAUCCCAGAGAAAUUGCAGGCGUCGCGACGAAUUCGCAAGCUGUUCACGGGUGAUUUGAAGCGUCAGAUUGUCAGUUACCCACCAUUCAAUGGAACCGAAGCACAAUAUCUGCGAUGCCAGAUUGCCCGAAUCGCUGCCGCGACCGUCGUGAGUCCGGCUGGAUAUUACGCUUUCGAUCAGGAGGAGGAAAAUGAAGAUGAGGAAAACGCGUCCCCAAGCAUCAUCAUCAACCCGGAGUACGAGGCUCAUUCCAACGAAGCUCUGCUAGAAAUCUCCAAUUGGGUUCAUCACACACCCUACAUUCUGCCGCAAGGUCGUGUCACCUGGGAGAAUCCCAACCCACCCAAGGAGGAAAAUGAAGAUGGCAAUGAGGAUGACGAAGGCAGCGAAAAUGGAUCAGGGAAGGACGGAGACGGGGAAGAGGAGCCGGAGGCUGAGCCAGAGACCGGACCACCGAUUCUCUCCCCUCUGACGGGUGAUGAAGAACACGACGGAAUGGCCUGCUGGGUGUCUCGGAUGUGCUCAACUCUCUCGUCGGCAAAGUUCUCGCCCAUCCUGCUUCGAUGCACGCGAUGGCCAGGAGCCACCGUCGUCUCAUACAACGAGAAGUUUGCCAAUAUCUACGUAGGCGAUGGUCACAAGGACCAAACCCGCUUCGUGCCUCCUCCAUUGCCCGAGUUGCAGAAGGAGUACGCCACCGGUGAGGGCGCGGCGGGCAACGUGGAGUUCAUUACCGAGCAAAAUGACCCUAGUCUGGCCGAGGAGACUGCAUUCGAAGAGGAAAGGAGGGCGCGCGAGGAGGAGCAACAGGAGGAGAGUGACGAUGAGGGUAGAGGGGAGGAGGAUGGGUCCGACGACUGA